AUGUCAUCCGAGGCCAUCCUCACUCCUAAUCCACGGGACCAGGUACUGCGAAACGACGAUCUCCUCCGUAUCAUCUUUCACUUCGUGGCUCUCGAGCAGAGAGAGGCUGAUAAUCAGCAUCAGCCUGAGCGACCUUCCGUCAACCAGCAGUUCCUGCCUAUCGCUCUGACCCACAAGGGUUUUCUUGAAGCGGCGCUCAAUGUCAUCUGGAAGAACAUACCAAAUCUCUUGCCACUGCUGAAACUGAUCCCAGGGUUCUGCAAAGUCGACGGUGAAUACCUUCUUACCAGUGUAAAUGCGACAGAAGGACAUUGGGAAAGAGUUGGAUUCUAUGCAAAACGCGUCGAAUCAAUUACUUUUACAGCACAAGAUGAAGUCAUCUCCUCCCUGGUAUACCAGACGCUAUCCAUGUAUCAAUCUUCAUACCUUCCAGGCCUGGGCAUCCCUGUCCCGUCGCUCACCGCCAUGACAGUACAAUGCUCUACGAAGACCGACUACGCGUCAGCCUUAUUCAUCGCCACCGCCUCGAGAAACCUGCUCAAAGUAAAGGUUGUCAAGAUUAUACCCGAGUCGUUCACCUUCCUUCGACAGUUACUCCUCGUACUCACGCAUCGGCAUUCACAAUUAGAGGAGCUCGAGCUGGAAGGAAACGGCACAGAAGCCCUGCUACUUUCGCUUAUCCGCCAAAUCACCCUCUUCUCGGCGCUGUCCCGGCUCUCGCUGGACUUCCCUGGGGCAUGGCCGCUGCAAGCUGCAGUAUUGAGACCCCUUCCUUCCAUGAAAAGCCUUCGCCACUUGUCGUUGCGGAUUUCCGAGCACAAAGGAGGAAAACGAAACCUCGACACCAAGAACCCACGGUAUACCUUCCCUUCCUUAUCCAAGCUCGAAAUUUCCGGGAGCACACUUCUAGCCGUCCUUAAAGCCCUGGCACGAAUCGUUGCCCCUCGUAUCCAGCACAUCCACAUCCAAUUCAACGCAGGCUCCUCACUCCACAAAAAUGAUGCAACGCACUUUAAGGAACGAAUCCGACGGCAGAUUGGGAUGCGCGGCUAUCCCGACCUCCGCACCUUCAGAGUCACCCAGAGUGACGCGUCAAAGUUCGACUUUGUAUCCGAGGAGUUGUUCACCGCAUCGGAAUCCCCAUCCUCGAACCUAGGAAUCACCCCGCCCCUCCAUCUCCAGCACCUCCACUUCGAGAUGUGCACGACGUCCAACACCAAGAGCUUCCUCACGAUCGUCGCGGAGAGAUGCCCCAACCUCCUCUCACUCACCCUCCCCGCUUCCAACUCUGACCCCGACGACGCCAAACCAAGCCUAACAUGCCUAGCCCUCCUCGCCAAAGGCUGCCCUCACCUCCUCAACCUCCGAAUAUGCCUCCAGCUACACCGCCCAACUCCAAACCACUUCCACAAUGCUCUAGCCAGCCGCGGCGCUGAAGUCGAAGAACUUAACCGCAUCCACCCUCUCCGAUCCUUGCAAAUCAGCGACGCAGGAGGGAACCAGACAUUCGGAAUCACCGACCUAAUCUCCAUGUCCAAGUACCUUCAUCGACUAUUUCCAAGGUUGGAUAAGCUGGGAGGCUACCGGGAUGCAGCGGGACGGGGUAUGGGAUCGGUGGAAGUCUUCGAGGCCCUGCGGGAGCUUACCUUGGCUCUCGGAGAGGCACAGGAAAAGGGAGCUGCUACUGCAUUGGCUCAGGCGAAACGGUCAAAGGACAUACGAGUCCUAGUUCCACCAGUACAGCCAGGCCGGCAAGCUCGAGGAGGAGGAAGAGUCGAAGAAGCAUCUGUGCAAACGGAGAGAGAUGAAGUAACAUUGCGAGAAGGGCACAGCCUUCCCAAGGAGGUCUCUGUUCAAACGGAUGCGGAGGCUGACCUUCAUUCGAUACCAGAUGGACUCGUAGCUCGUGAUGCCCGAUUGGAAGAUGCUUCCGUUCAGACAGACAAAGAGACGAUCACGGAGGCUGGAGAGGGAGACCAGGAGCUUCAGUGUGAAGAGACGUCCGUGCACUCGGUCGACGAGCCCGUCACGGUGCAAUGGGACGAUUGCUCAGUAGAAACGGGGGAUUGCCACCAAGUCUCUGGCUGA